AUGGCGAACUCUAAUAUAAACGAUACGUCCAUAGAAUUAAUAUCACAAGAUGGACCACUUCCGAUGAAUAUAAUGAUGCAAGAAGGUGUAAAAGCAUUAACAAAAAUAUUAUCAGACCAUUUACAGGAUGGAACUUCUUUUGAAGAUGAUUCAAGAUCGAUGCAAGUAGUAUUCAAAAACAUGCAAGGCGUAAUAAACGAGUCUACAAAUGAUUCUGAAUCUAAAAAGAUAAUAGAAUUAGAAAACGAAGAUAAAUCAGUGAGUACAGAACAGUUUGUAAUAAGGAAUCAGCAGAAUAAGGCAGACAGUGAGGAAUAUGUUUCAGAUCCCGAUUUACACCUGAACGGUGAUGAUGGUGAACUCGUAUUUGACUAUGGAAGCGAAAUAAUAACUGAUAAUCCAGAAGAAUUAGGAGAAAGACUUUCACAAAUGAUAGAGUCCGUAAUACCCAAUGGCUUUCCAAAGGAUAAAGGUGGAAUGUUGCAUGCUGUUUUAAAUGGCGAUGAGUUAAAAAUCACCGAAGAAGAUUCUACAAACACAACAUCAUAUCUUGAUAAUUAUGAUACCCCAAAUAACAUUGAGGGUAAUUACCAAAGAAAUAUAAAUCCCAGUGAACAUUUAGACAAAGUUGAUGCCUCAAUAUCUCAUAUACAUAAAACACAUCAUAAUCAUGGUUACGACAGUUAUAAUAAUCAAUCAUCAAACCGUGUAAAAUAUAAAAACUACAAUUACCAUGAUUAUAAAUAUUAUCCCAUAAAUGAAAAGAAACAAUCAACGCCAGACUUCUCCGUUCUACUGAGCAAUGAAGCACAUUUAUGCAUGUUUUGUGAGUAUUAUAUGGUGUUUGGCGAACCACCUAAAAAUAUGAUAAAAUGGUAUAACAAAAUUCAUGGAUACAAUUGUGUCUCGCCGCAUUCAAAAAAUUAA